AUGGGGCCCAUGGCUGCUCAACGACCGCCCAGUCCUUUGAGAGCGCUGCGGGCUUUGGGCCCCUCCCCGCUCGCGGCGGACACUCGCCGAGCCGUCGCAGAGGCCUUGCCGGUGCUCCGAAGGGAGCCGAAGCUCAUCACAUCACUUCUCAAGGGACUUGCAGAGGCAAAGUGUGCGGCGACGUGCCUGCAACUUCUUGAAAUUCUCUUGGACGAAGGAGUCGACGUCAAUGUGUUCCACUACGGCGCUGCGCUGGCCGCUUGCGACCGUGCAGGGUCCUGGCUCCUCAGCCUCGCUCUGCUCCACACCGCCGCAGCUGCGCGAACGGUGCCAAACACAGUUAUGUUGAACUCUGCCAUUCGAUGCUGUGCCCGGAGUAUCGAGGCGUGGCCCUACUCCUUGGAACUUCUACAUGACAUGCCGGAUCCAGACGUAAUCAGCUUCAGCAGUGCCAUCUCGGGCUGCAAAGACUGGCCGCAGGUGUUGCAGCUGCUGACGAUGAUGCGCCUGUCUGCUGUGGAGCAGGACACUGUGUGCUACAACUCCGCUAUCGCCGCCUGUGACGCUGAGGCCUGGCACGUUGCGCUUGAGCUCCUGGCGGCGAUGGAAACAGGAGAGCUCGAACCUACUGUUGUUUCCUACAAUGCCGCCAUCGCAGCAUGUCAGGGCUCCACUUGGCCUUGGGCCGUUUGCCUCCUUGACCGCCUUGGACGAAGGGCCGAUGUGAUCAGUUUCGGCUCUGUGCUGACUGCCUGUGCAGGCUGUCACUGGCCUGUGGUCCUGGAUCUCCUGUCUGCGAUGCAGCAGAUGGGUAUCAACCCAGACGUGGUGGGCUGCAAUGCGGCAAUUUCGGCCUGGGAUCGGAGCGGCAGGUGGGAGGAGGCACUUCAUCUCUUCUAUGCCAUGCCUCAGAUUCGCCGUUCCCCUGAUACCGUCAGCUACAACGCGGCCAUCAGCGCUGCAGGGACAGCAGGCCUUUGGCAGCUGGCGCUUCACCUCCUUGGUGGCCUCGAGGAGGCUUCUCUGCUUCCCAGCGACGUGACCUACAACUCGGCCUUGGAUGCGUGUGCUCGUGGGGGCGCCUGGGAAAGGGCUCUUGUUCUCUUCGAUGCGCGGGAACCAGAUGUGGUGAGCUGCGGCAGUGCCAUCAGUGCUUGCUGCCAGCAAAGCUUAUGGUCUCUUUGCUUGGAGCUACUUCAAAGCAUGCCAAGGCAGAGAUUGCCAGCGAAUGUGGUGACCUUCACCAGUGCCAUCAGCGCUUGCCACAACGCCAGUCAGUGGCUCAUGGCUGUCUCGCUGCUCGCUUCGAUGUCUCAGCAAGCAGCGGAGCCGAACACCGCGACCUACAACUCAGCCAUUGCAGCUUGCCACGAUGCAAACGAGUGGCUGCAGGCACUGAACCUCUUGUUCGGCAUGCGCUCUGCAGAGGUUGCUGCGGACGUAUCCAGCUAUUCCGCUGUGAUCAGCGCAUGCGGUUGGUCCUUGUGCCUGGCUCUCUUGGAGGACAUGGAACAGGUCCAGGUGGCCCCGAACGUUGCCAGCUUCCGAGGAGCAGGCACCACCGCUUUUCGCCAAGGUGGCAGGAGUGGAGGCCGAGCUAGCGCAACUGCGGGGUAA